AUGGCUGAGCCACUUGCGAUUAUUGGGCUAGUCUCAAGUAUUAUCACCUUCAUCGAAUUUAGCAGCAAAUUGAUCUCUACCGCCAAGAGACUCCGCGAUAAUCCCGAUGAGACUGCCAUUGAAACAGAGCGGCUGGAGCAGACUAAGCAUCGUGUGCGACACCUGAAAGAUGCCUUUGAGAACGAGAACGAUGAUUUUCUACCACAUGAUAUUCAGGACAUCCUUUGGACGGCGGGCCAGUGCGAAUUUGUCGCCAUGGACCUGAUCGCCAUCCUCCAAAGAUUGAAAGGGAAGGACGGGUCAUCCUUCAGUGCCAUGGAGUCCCUGACUGUCGCAUUUUAUGCUAUGCGGAAGAAGAAACCCAUCGAGGACUUGCAAGAUCGCUUGGAAAAGUUAGAGACCAAGCUUCGAGGGGCAGUGAAUCAGGUCCUUCAACAGCGACAACAUACAGCACUUAUGGAGGAAAUCGGAAUGUUGCAACGACUGCAUCUCAAUAUGGCAGUCAAUUACGAAAACUCACUAGACAGCUACCAAACCGACAUCCUCAAUCUCACCUCACCUGGCUCAUACAAUGUCCUGGACCGAGGUCAACUUGACAAACUCAACGAUAGGCUCCAAAACUUCGAGCAGGAAUGUAAGAACCGAAGACAUACUGCUCGCGUGCUUGGUCGUCUAGACUUCCCUGAGAUCAGACGUCGAUGGGAUAAAAUUCACGCGACGGAGAAAAGCACCAAUACCUGGAUCUUUGAUCGUCAAAAGACCAAUUUCAUGGAUUGGCUGGAGUCAGGAAAUGACAUAUUCUGGAUCACGGGCAAGGCCGGAAGUGGUAAGUCGACACUAAUGAAGUUCAUCUCCAACCACAGCUUCACAAGGAAAGCUUUGGAGCAUUGGGGAAAUGGGGAUACUCUCCACGUCACAAGCUACUAUUUCUGGAACCAAGGAUCACCAUUGCAAAAGUCCCUGCGAGGACUUCUUCGGACUAUCCUCUUCAAUAUCCUCAAAACGACCCCCGGUAUCGUACCUCAAGUCUGCCCCGAUAUACCAGAUGGAGACUGGACAGAUGCCGAGUUGAAGGACAUGCUGGAAAGAUGGACUAAGCUAAACAGCAUUCAUGCCAAAUUCUGCUUCUUCAUCGACGGCCUGGACGAAUUCAGCGGCGAGGAAACGGAAUUAAGGAAUGUCAUUAAGUUCUUCAAUAACUCCCUGCAUGUCAAGCUCUGCGUCUCAAGCCGACCACGAAUCAUCCUGGAUGACUCUUUCAAGGAUGAGCGACAGUGUAUAACAAUCAGCGAUUUUACAACCGGCGAUAUGAAGCACUACGUGCGAAUGAGGUUCAAGUCAAAAGAAUUUGACAAGCUACGAGCGCAGCCCGGCGGAAGAGAAGAGUGCGAAAGUAUUAUGUCCAAAAUUGCCGAAAACUCCAAGGGUGUUUGGCUGUGGGUUUAUCUCGUCACUCAUGAUCUGAUGCGUGCAGUCGCAACAUAUGAGAAGCCUUACAAGCUGCAUGAAAUCUUGGACCAGUUUCCCAAGGAGUUGGAGGAAUACUUCAAGUAUAUCAUUGACCAGGUUGAGCAACAUUACCGGGAGGAGAUGGCACAGAUAUUCCUCAUUACCAUCGACGAAGUACAGCCACUUCCUGUAUUCCUAUUCUGUCUACUCCACAAAGAGAAGGAGAAUGAGAACUAUGCCAUUGAUGGUCCUAUCAAAGCUCUGGAUUUCGAGGCCGUUGAUGCGGACAGACAGAGUAUGAGGGCGCUUGUGCAUAAUCGUUGCAAAGAUCUCUUGGUUGUGGAAGAUGGGAAGCACCCAGUCGUUUUGAGUCACCCGGUGGACUUUCUUCAUCGAACAGUCCGAGACUUCCUCAGGGACUGUUACUACGACCAACUCAAGAGUCAGCUCAAACGCAAUUUCGAUCCUUUGAUCUCACGCUGCAACAUGAUGUUAUUUCUCGUCAAAAGUUUACCACCCAUCGAUACGAGAAAGUCACAAUCGAUUACGCAAUUAUUCCAGAUCGUCGACGAACUACUUUACUACGCCAAUGAGAUUGAGAAACGAGACCCGCCACAGGUGGCUAUCAAUCGUCUCACAGCAGUUCUUGAUGAGCUUGACAACGUCAACACGAAGCAUCACGGAAAGAGCACUCAACCCGACUACGAAAGUCUGGACGGCCUUUACUGGACUAUGCUCUCCGGCCACGACGAGUAA